AUGAAUGCUGUCUGCAACUUUCAACACGGCGGAGGCGGGACAUCAGGAGACCGGUACACCAGCUCGUCGGCAUUCCUGCGAUCGCAUCUUUUCCAAUCACAGUUGGGAGUGGAGAUGCUCAGUCAAGAUUUGCGAAAGCAGGUUUGCAAGCGGCCUCUGUGCAGAGGUUAUGCAGAACUUCUGCGCCAGAGCGUGAAAGGAUGUCCAGAGGAUGCCGGCCACAAGGGUAUCAUUGCCAGAGUGGCUCGAGCCGUUGACACUACCAUGGCUUCUUGCCUGAAGGUUCACAGUGCGAGCCAGGGUGACGCGACUCACUCGGAAGUCUCGUCUGGUGGAGGAUCUGUGACAGGUGUCUGGUCCAGUGAUAUGAGUGAGAAGAACCACGUGCUCGUAACUGGCAUCGAUACAGGCAGCCCUGCGGAAAUGCGUGCAGUGGAAGAUGCUGUUAGCAGGAUUGUGUCCCACGAGUUGCAGUUGCCGCUUUUUGCCUUCGAGGAGCGAGGACAGAGCCUCGCUGACAUCUUUGACCCCAUCCUCGGAGGGCCAAAUGUCUUCACAGUCACGGACUCACGCUUGCGUGUGGCCGCUCAGCUUACACCUCUGCCUAGCGCCGAGCCUUUCGACGAGUCAGUUGGACGCUUCAAUGAAGCGGAGAAGGAGAUUCCCGUGCAGCAGAACUCUUUCUUUUCUGAGCAGCACAAUCUCCAGAUUUUGCCAGACUCUCUUUACUUGUGCUCCUGA